AUGACCCCGUUAGAGAAAAUGCUCCAAGAUAUGGGCUCGAUUAGAGAAGAUGGCAGUGAUAAGUUCUUUGCGAUGGAGAAUAACUUUGCUAAUGGACCUCGUCUCUUCCAGUUCGGAAAUACAUGUUACUGUAAUUCCAUAUUACAGUGUCUCUAUUAUUCAGUACCUUUCCGAGAAGCCGUCAUAAAUUACCCCACCAGAACCCCAAUAGAAAACUUGGAAGCCGCAUUGGCAAAGAACCUACACUAUCAGAAUCCGGCCGCGAACCUGGAAGCCGAGGCCCAAGCGGAGAAGCAAAAAGCCUCUACGCCACAACGUCCAGGGGCGCCCCCGAACCAGCCGCAAAAGCCUGAAGACAAAGACUCCCCGGAAUACAAGAAGAAGAUGGCCUUGCAGACUCUGCCCCUUCUAGAAACCACAAACAAUUCGGCUAGUUAUGGAAUGUCGGAAUCAUUGUUUACAUCAUUGAAAGAUAUCUUCGAGUCUAUUGUGGCGAGCCAGACCCGUAUUGGCAUAGCACGGCCCCAGCGCUUGCUGGAACUUCUCCGCCGGGAUCACGAGAUGUUUCGGACUGCUAUGCAUCAGGAUGCCCAUGAGUUCUUGAUUCUUCUGCUGAAUGAGGUGGUAGCAAACGUCGAAUCCGAGGCCAUGAAACAUCCAGAGAAGAGCCUUCCGUCCACCGAAAACAUGGAAUCCUCUCAACAGUCUCUAAGUUCUGGUUCGAAGACCCCCAACACUACGCGAUGGGUGCACGAGCUUUUUGAAGGGACUCUGACAUCUGAAACACAAUGCUUGACCUGCGAGAACGUCUCUCAGCGAGAUGAGAUUUUUCUGGACCUGUCGGUGGACCUGGAACAACAUUCGUCGGUCACAUCGUGUCUAAGGAAAUUCUCGGCAGAAGAGAUGCUGUGUGAGCGGAAUAAAUUCCACUGUGACAACUGUGGCGGUCUGCAGGAGGCAGAAAAGCGCAUGAAAAUCAAGCGUCUUCCCCGCAUCUUGGCUCUCCAUCUCAAGCGUUUCAAAUACACCGAGGAUUUACAGAAAUUGCAAAAGUUGUUUCACCGAGUCGUCUACCCGUAUCAUUUGCGUCUCUUCAACACAACAGACGAUGCAGAGGAUCCCGAUCGGUUGUACGAGCUGUAUGCCGUCGUGGUGCAUAUCGGAGGCGGCCCUUACCACGGCCAUUACGUGGCUAUCAUCAAGACGCAGGAUCGCGGUUGGCUACUCUUCGAUGACGAGAUGGUAGAGCCUGUGGACAAAAAUUACGUGCGGAAUUUUUUCGGAGAUAAACCCGGCCUCGCUUGCGCAUACGUCUUAUUUUAUCAGGAGACUACGAUGGAGGCGGUCAUGAAGGAACAAGAACAGGAGAAUUUCAAUGCGACCAUGGCAGAGUUGAAUCUGAAUGAGACUACCGUGAAGCAGAAUGGGUUUGCCUCCCCAACCGGGCUAUCUCACGUGUACAGUGCAUCCCAAAUUCCCACGCAAGACGAGCCUCACCGGUUCACGGGCCUGAAACGCGCCCCGACGGCGCCUCAACUCCCGACUCACACCGAGCAUAUCGGCGCUGAAGCCGCUGCCCCGCAUACUCCGACAGCCGUGCUCCCUCCAGUGCCUCCGAUCCCGGAGGUCAACACGCGACCACUGAGUCCCAAGAAGAGCGACGUUCAAUCGAAGAAGGAGCGGGCCAAAGAGGAAAAGGAACGCAAAGCAGCCGAAAAAGAGCUGGAAAAACAGCGUCGGAAGGAGCAAGAAGCUCGAUUCAAGGAGAGCAAAGAGAAUCAGCGACGUCACGAAGCUGAAAUGAAGGCGGCGAUGGAGGCCAGCAGAGCGUCCAAGGCUGACGAAGACCGACGUAACGACAGUGGCAAGAGUGGCGGACUGAGUCGACUCAAGCGAGGCAGCAGGAGCUUCAGCCAGAGACUGGGGAAGGACAAAGACAGUCGGGCGUCGUCAUCUGGUUUGCCUGCGGUGCCCAACUCUGAUAACUCCAGUUCGAGCAAUAUGCCACCUGAACCACUCCAGCCCCUGUCGCCUCAAAAGGUCGCUUCUCCCGAGACCCUCCUAGUUCCUCAAGAUGAUGACCCGGAUUCUCUUAAGAGUCCUAAGGGCGAUCGAUCGACCCAUGGUAAAUGGCGGAGUUUCAGCAUUAGGAAGAAGUCCUUCAGCAUGCUUUCCUGAACAUGAUGACCUAUUACCCGCCACCACGUGUAUCAGAUCUACACUUUCUAUGCACAUAAAAGACGCAUUCUUGUCGUACAUAUUCUUUCUUCGAUGUAUCACCACCCUUUCCUUCCAGGCCGGUUUCAUUUUGACUUUCACGACGUGGCUCAUUCCUAUCAUGCAUGUUGGACCGGGCUGCGUGUGGAUGAAAUUGAUCCGGUCUCUGUUUUAACUGCACGAUUUUCUUCUGCCAGCUCCGACCUGCUUGCAUUUUAUUGCAUCGAACAACCCGCCUAGGUCUGCAUAUGAUUUAGCCUUUUUUUUUUUU